AAGUCAAAAACAAAAAGGCAUUACAGUAUUUUUUUUUUUUUUUUUUUUUUUUUUUUUUUUUUUUUUUUUUUUUUGUUGUUUGAAGAAGAAUUACAACACUCUCGACAACUCUUUGAGACGGAAUCGAUGGCGAAUUCUCAGACGGUGAUGGCUAUGAUCAGGUUGGCUAGACCGCCUUUUCGCAACAACCACGACAAGGUUGCUUUCGCUAUACACUCUUCUUUCAUCGCCUCCGGUUACAUCCUCACUGCCACCGGACGACCUGCCUUCGCCGACGACGCUCUCUCUUCAUCUUCUCAGAAUGAUGUUGGGAUCGAAGGAUGGAACGAAUUCGACGGAGAGUAUGCGUUUGUCUAUGCGAAUCCGAAGAAAGGAUCAAAGAAAAUUCUGGUUAAGUGUUUGGCGAUGGAUGAUAAACUUCUUGUUGAUGCCAUUGCUGAUGGUGGAGCAGAACCUGCUCAUCUUGAGAUUAAAGUUGAUAAGUAUGCUGAGGAGAGCAUUGAGGGGGAUUACUCUGCGCAGUUCAAGAAUUUGGAUAAGUUAGUGACUGAUUUGCAGAGUCAGAUUCUCGAUAAGCUUGAUGGAAAACCAAAACCUGUUGCUUCGAGAGCCCAGUCUAGCUCUGAGAGAAAUGAAGAGCCUAGAUAUUACGAUGAUACGCCUAAUCCAUUAGGCCCUCAGAUUCACCCCUCAGGGGUGGUAGUUCCUCCGAUACCUGGUAAUGGAGGUUACAGUGAUCUCUUCCCUGGCCCAGGUGCUGGAAUGUACCCUGGCAGGGGUGGUUUUGGGGAUGGAAGCAUGCUUGUAGGACCUUCUGAUCCUCGCUUUUUCCCGUUUGGUGAUGGUUCUGAUCGACCUGGCUUCAUGGGACCACCACACCCGGGUAUGCCACCUCCUGGUGCUCGUUUUGAUCCUUAUGGUCCACCCGGUGUUCCAGGUUUUGAACCAGGCCGGUUCACAAGGCAACCUCCAAGAGGGCCAGGAGGCGGGCACCCAGAUCUCGAGCAUUUCCCCGGCGGUUCAGAUUUUAUAUAGUAAUGUAAUGCAAUCGCUAAGGAAAUAGAGAGUGUGAGCACAACUUAAAAGUCUGGUAGUAACUACAUAUAGACAGUAGGAUCUAUGUGGUUUGUUUUUUGUCAGCUGUUUUUGUCUUUGGUGGUGUUGUUGGUUUUAUUCCCAGCUGAUUGUUUAUAACCUCAAUAAAUAUAUAAAUAAAGACUUGGUUUAUUU